AUGGGUGAGGCCAAGAUUCCUGUGGAAGUUGAACUAAGCAAAAAUAUUUCAACAAGGAUUGCGGCUAGUGAUGAAAAUAGCCGCUGCUACAACAUGUUUAGGUUUACAUAUGCAAUCGGACAAGUUGUUAACAUAGGAGAACUGGAGCUUAAGGAAACUAAUAACAAGCCGAAUAAUAAGUUGGAUUUCGAGUUGAGGGAUGAAAAGGAUGUAAGGCUACCUGUCACACUGUGGGGUUCACAUGCCGAACAAGUAUUUAAGGCUUGCCAGGAAGCUAAUGGAGUAAUGGUGAUAUUUGUGAUCAGAUUUGCGAAAGUCAAAAACUAUAAAGGAAUUGUGAGUUUAUCUAAUUCUUACAAUGUUUCCCAAGUGUUUAUCAACCCUCCCUAUCCUGAAGUUGCUGCUUUUAUUCAGACCCUUCCAAACGAUGGUCUGGCUCUUACCUUCCGCAAGAAUGUACCAAACAACCAGAUUGUAGCAUAUACUGCUGUCCAGAGUGAUCAGUUUCCUAGGAAAACCAUAUCAGAACUACUCAAUUCUCAAGAGACUGGUAAGGCAAGGUUGUUGUGCACCAUCUAUGCAAUUGAUACAGAUUGGUCGUGGUACUAUUAUAGUUGCAGAAAUUGUAACAAAAAGGUUACUCAUAUCUAUCCAUCCGCCAAUGAAAAAGUGACCAGUGAAACGAAACAAAAGUUUUGGUGUGACCAUUGCAAAUCCAUUGUAACCUAUGUUGAUGCUAGUGCAGCUGACAAAAUCAUUACCCAAAGCGCCAAAGCUCUCUUAAAUGGAUCACUGGCUGAGAUUGCAGACCCAGAGAACUUGCCAGAUCCAAUCAACAAUGUCAUUGGGAAGGCAUACCUCUUUCUGGUAUCUGUUGAGAAGGCAAACAUUUGGGAUGGAAAGGACUCUUACAAGGUUGCAAAAGUGUUGUUGAAUGAUGGUUCGUUGGGAGAGGAAAGCAUGCUUGACUCUCAGGAAACAAUCAAUCCGGACUCUAUUGUAUCCGGCGACCAGAGUCAACUAAUGCUAACUAGCAGUCAAGAUGGAACUGAAAAUAAUACACCAUCAUCCAAGCCCUCAGACGUGGACACACAAGAUGAAAUCAUCGAGCAUGAAGGACUCGCGGAUUGUGAAGGUUCCAAUGUCAAUCAAAGAGAGGGGAAGGGUAUCAUGAAAUCUAAUGGGAAAAACAACCAAGCAAAGAAGAUUACAGGAGUGCACAUCAAGACUGAGAAGUAG